AUGAACUUCAACUUGCCUUCCUUUAGCGGCAUGGCUGGUGGCCUACAAGGCUUCGAGUCACCCAUGACCCGUGCAGAGGCAAAAAAGAUUCUGAACAUUGGUUCAGUCGCUCCCAGCAAAGACACCGUGCGCGAAGCGCAUCGGAGGUUGCUGAUUGCCAACCACCCCGACAAGGGCGGUUCAACCUACAUCGCCUCAAAAAUCAACGAGGCAAAGGAAGUUAUGUUGGGCAAGAAAUCCACCUGA